UUUGGUUUUCUGGCAGCCUAUGACCUUCUACUUUGGCUUUAAAAAUGUGGAACUAUUGUUUUCCGGUUUGGUGAUCAAUACAGCUGGAGAAAUGGCUGGAGCUUUUGUGGCAGUGUUUUUACUGGCAAUGUUCUAUGAAGGACUCAAGAUAGCCCGAGAGAGCCUGCUGCGUAAGUCACAAGUCAGCAUUCGGUACAAUUCCAUGCCUGUCCCAGGACCAAAUGGCACCAUCCUUAUGGAGACUCACAAAACUGUUGGGCAACAGAUGCUGAGCUUUCCCCACCUCCUGCAGACAGUGCUGCAUAUCAUCCAGGUGGUCAUCAGCUACUUCCUCAUGCUCAUCUUCAUGACCUACAAUGGGUACCUCUGCAUUGCCGUAGCAGCAGGGGCUGGUAUGGGAUACUUUCUCUUCAGCUGGAAGAAGGCAGUGGUAGUGGACAUCACAGAACAUUGCCAUUAACGUCAAACUCCGUGGCGUGGCCUUACCGAUUGCAGUGGGAAGCAGUUCGAGACUAGAAGAUGUGAUUCCUGCUCCAAUCAUCCCUUCUUGCUCCUGUCUCUUUACACACACACACACACACACACACCACCACCCCCACCCCCGCUCAACAGAGGUUUAGUUUACAGUCUCUGAGCUAAAGUGGUAACCUCCCAAACUUUUUUCUAAUAAGCUGAGAUUCCCAUAUCUCUUGAGGAGAAGCCACCCAUGAGAUGUCUUUUCCUCCCCCAUCAUUCUAGAUCUAAGUUAUAUGUUCUUGUCUAAUCCAGGUAGUUUUCUAUUCAAUGACUUGAUCAUCUGCUUCCUUUUUUAAUCUUCUGGAUUUUUUUUAAACAGACAGUAAGUGAAUUUGGUGGGUUUUUUCCCCUGGGUCAGUGAUGGAAAGAGAUUAAUUUCACCCAGGAUUAAUGGCAGCUGAGGGAAAUUCUUGCCCAACUAAACCCAGAACUCAAACUUAACAUUAGAAAAUAAGGUCCUGUCCUUGGGCUUAAUGAAUGGGAAAUACAUUGUGCCUUUCUCUAGGUGUGAUGUGUUGCACCGAAAUCUUUGUAGUGUGCAGAGGGCUGGUAUGAGACUCAAUACAGGCCUAGAGCUUGCAGAGUGUGUAUUCUUGGAUGGCUAACUCAUCAACUUGUGUUUCCACUUAACAUUUUGAUUAGAAUGAACUCGCCAGUCAAAAAAAAAAAAAGACAAUCAAUUUGAGAAAAUAGAAAUAGAUAUUUUAAAAUAAAACCACUGGCAUUUUACUUUGACUUGGUACCUUGGUUUAUCCCAGCUGAAUGAAACAAAAGAGUUUGAAUUAUUUUUUCCCAUUAUUGUUUUCACAUGUCUGCCUCUAUGCCAGUGAUUUUCAAAUUUUAGCAUAUGUCACAAUCACUUGGAGGGCUUGUUAAAACACUAGUUGCCAGGCCUCACCACAUAGUGCCAAAACUGGCAUUUCUAAGUUCCCAGAUGAUGCUCCUGCUGAUGGUCCGAGGACCACACUUUGAGAAUCUGUGCUUUAAACUAAGAAAGUAUCACCUGGUGGGGUGGGUUACCUGAUAUUGGGCAUGGGCAUUUGAAUUGCUGUCUGGUGGGUGGUAUGUCUGGGCUUAACUCACUUAGUAAAUGCUGCUGAUCAAUACUUAAUCAUUCCACAUUUAUUCAGCUCCAGCUGUGUAUAUGUGUGCCCACGCGCACAUGCACAAAGAGCUGUAGCCAGAGUAUUUUCACUAGCCUAUAUGAAAUCACUAGUCCUUAUUUUUAAAGACCUGUGUUUUCUUCUGAGUAGUUUGAAUGUUGAGAGAGACCUUUGAUCUGCAGUGUAAAUCCACCAGUCAUGGUCCAGAAGGGCAAAGGUCCAGCUUUCUCUUUGGAGAGACUGAGGGUGUGGUUUGCUGAUGGCCAGAUUUUCUUCACAUCCAUGCCCAUCCCAGGCAGACCCUCAUUCUCCACGUGACGGUCUUUGUUACUCUGAGGGGCUUAAUUAGAUCACAAGUGGCCGAAACUUCAUUUCUCAAUGAAGAAUCACAUUGGAUUUUUAUUCUGUUCAGUUGUUCGUCUACAUGGCAGUCCAAACUACCUCUGUAAAGGGAGUCUUCCUUUGCUGGUCUGUUAAAUCCUGCCCUCCUUGGUGCUAGAUCCAACUGUGCCUCAGAGUGGAGGACACAAAACAGUACUAUCCUGUUGAAGUUUGUACUUUCUCUAUGGGUGCCAGUUAAAUAUUGGAGAGCAAGGAAUGUGUACUUGUAUGGCUUUGAACCAAGAGAGGGUUAUGAGCCUACCGGUAGAGGUUAAAAUCCAUGAACCAACAUUUAGAGCUUUGUGCUUCUCUCUCAUUUCAUCCCCUUGCAAUGAUACUUAGCAUGAGCAGAGUGAAUGACAGGUACUGACAGAGUCCAACGUUAAGGUAUAAAUAGCCUAUUGUUGGCCAGGCACGGUGGCUCACACCUGUAAUCCCAGCACUGUGGG